UGGACUAAUGCAUAAGAGGGACGUCAAACUGGGUAUAAGAGCUGUGGCCAUGCCUUUGCCCUGCUCUUUGUGGAUUUAGCCUGUGACCAUCUACACUGUAACACCACCUUUCCAGGAGCCAUACACAAAGCUCAGGAGCGAUGGAGUACCAGUCAAACGUGAUCAGCUCGCAGCCUCAGGUCACUGUCACACAGUACACUGUGUCGUCCGGAUUAUCAGAUUGGACUUCAAAUGUGUGCGACUGCUGUGAAGACUGUGGCAUCUGUCUUUGUGCAACAUUCAUCCCUUGUAUCCUGGGCUGUAAGGUGGCUCAGGACAACGGGGACAGUUGCUGCCUGCCCUUCCUUCCAGGUGCCAUGAUUGCUCUACGGACAAGCAUACGCAGCAAAUACCACAUUGAUGGCUCGGUGUGUGAUGACUGGGUGAUCAUGGCCUGCCUACCACUGUGUGGACUGUGUCAGAUGGCUCGGGAGCAGAAGAGGAGAGGAUGAAUGGAAUAGUAAUAAUAAACUGCUAUUGUCUUUAUGCAACAAACUAUUGAAGAAGGAAAUUUACAGCAACACUGCCUUUACAUUAAUGUACACACUUUAUUUAUUUUGGAAUGAAAUUAUACUUGAAUACUGAAUAAAUCAUAAAACCUAUUUUC